GAGCUGAAAGUGCCUUCUGACUUAAACAAGAAGGCCUUGAAACUGCCAAAUCACAUGGCCAUGACCAAUACGAUGUGUCCAAUCGGGAUGUAUUUAAAAACUCUGCCUGACUAGCCCUCAAACACUUUUGACUGAAUGCUUCAUAAAUGCCUGUUCCAACUUGGUAUUUUUUAUUUGCUGUUGACUCUCUAAUGUUGAUUAGAUUAAUGCUGAUAAAUAAUUAUUAGGUUGUUGACACUUUUCAAGAUGCCCCAUAGUAUCUCCAGCUCUCACUUUCGUGAGGUUCCUUAUGAUAUUUCCUUCUCUGGGUCUGGAUUCCUGGCUACCUAUCAGCUCGGGGUUGUUCUGUGCUUCCUGAAGUACACACCCUGGAUCCUGCAAUCGGCUCCCCACAUCCUUGGUGCAUCUGCCGGAUCUGUGGUAGCAGCUGCAGCUGUCUGUGAAAUCAACCCAGCUGUCAUUCGGGAUGAGAUCAUCCUUUUUGUCAAACAGGUGAUGGCUGCCCCACUUGGACCACUGAACCCUUCCGUCAAUGUUUUCAAGUGGUUGGAAAGUGUUUUGCACAAGCAUCUUCCUUCUGAUGCACACCAUUUUGCAAAUGGUCGCCUUGGUGUUGCUGUGACACGACUGUCAGAUGGGAAGCACCUAAUCAUGUCAGAAUUUCAGUCCAAAGAAGAUGUAGUGAAAGCUCUCCUCUGUAGCUGUUUUGUCCCUGGAUAUUGUGGCUUUCUGCCUCCAGCCUUCAAAGGAGUGCACUAUAUUGAUGGUGGCUUGAGUGGAUUCCAGCCCUUUCUCUCUGAGCCAUCCAGCCACACACUAACUGUAUGCCCAUUCUCUGGAGAAGCUGAUAUAUGUCCAGCUGAUCCUCCUUCUAUGAUGGACCUGGUAGCUCCUGGAACUUUUCUAAAGUUCAACAUGGCUAACACCUUCAGAAUCAUCAAUGGUCUUUACCCUGUGACUUUAGAGGCUGCAGAGCAAGCCUUCAAUUUUGGCUACAAAGAUGCCAUCAACUUCCUUCAGCGCAAUGCUGUUGCUCUUGCAAAGAUAGGGCAUAGUGUAUCCCACGGGUCCUCAAAUGGUAACUCCACCAAUCCAAAGACAUCCAAAGUAGAGGAGCAGAAGAUGAAAGGAGGGGAACAAACCGACCUGAAAACAUUUUUCAAAGAACACAGAUCCACGCAAAUGUUCAGCUCCACCGUGCAAGAACCCAGUGAAGAUCCUCUUCACCAUUUUUACUUAAUGAAGAAUGUUCUGAUGGGGAAUGUGACAACUUAUCUGAGUAUGUUUGGGUUACCAGUGAGGAUCUUCUCUCAUCUGCUUCUACCUCUCGUGGUGUCAUUCUAUGCUGUGCUCCAAAGGAGACAAGGACUGAAAAUACAGCUUAAAGACGUCCCUGAGUUUCUUGUUUGGAAUUGGUAUUUCAUAGGACAUUGUGGGCUUUUCUUCCUGAACAUUUUCAUCUGUAGCCUCAAGAAACUAAUAGAAGACCGGUUAACACGGAUCAUCUUGCUGCUGCAAUGGCUAAGGGUCUACACACAGCACAAAGACAGAGAGAAGGUGUGGAGAAAAAAUGCCUCAGGUCUGUGAUAACAGUUACCAGGAACGGGUAUUCCUUGUAAAACACUUCUUUUGAAUUCAGUGUGUUGUUCACAUUUUUAUUGCUUGUCUUAUCCAGUCAGUUUCUCAAAAUUUUCAAUGCAUUUUUUUUCUAAUUUUUGAUUAGUGCUGCUAAGUUUUUCAGUAAAUGUGUUUGGAGUCUUAGUUUUGUUUUUUUUUCUUUUAAAAUACACUGACAUGACAAACCUGUUAAGUCAAACUUGAAUAAAAAAAAAAGCGAGCAGAAGUGAAACACUGUAUUGUUCUAAAUUGGUCUCACAGAGACAUUUUAAAACUUGUGAUUAAAUAGCAGCUCUUAUGCUUUACUGCUAUAACCAGAAGAUGAGACAUACAUCUUGUUCCCAGAGUUUUUUUUAACCACUUUUGCCCAGAGUAAAUGUUCAAUUUCUAGAAUGUCCUGUUUCCGUUUUGUGCAUUUCAACCACAAUCGAGUUGAAGCCUCAGAUGACUGUGGGGCUCUUGGAAGAGGAGAUUGUUGACAGCAGCUGCUUUGUCAAAGUGCAGAGUUACUUGUAUAAUGGUCUUUGUGUGCUUAUAUGUUUAUUAUGGUUAGGUCGCUACUUUAUCUAAAUGCCACUUGCCCAGAUUGAGUAAUAUUUUACAAAUAUUUGUUGAAAUGUGCCCAGUAGCUCUCUGUAAUUUAGCACAAAUUUACUAUUUUAGUCUCACCAACUAUGAUGUUUUCCCCGUUUUAUGAAUGAAAUUAAAUAAAUGCAACAACAAA